GUUUCGAAGGCGCGCGCAGCCCCUCCCUCUUACGCACACUGACACAUUUCGUGCUCGCUCACGAGUGCGUGCUUGCGCUUUGGUUCUGGUCGGUUCUGCUCGAGCUUGGUGAUUCGGUGUCAUUUUCAUCAUGAGCUCGGCCGGCGGCGGAGAGUUCGGGAACCCCCUGCGGAAAUUCAAGCUGGUCUUUCUUGGGGAGCAAAGCGUUGGCAAGACAUCUCUUAUUACUCGGUUCAUGUAUGACAGCUUUGACAACACAUAUCAGGCAACCAUUGGAAUAGACUUUCUAUCUAAGACCAUGUAUCUGGAGGAUCGUACGCAGGUGCGGCUGCAGCUCUGGGACACGGCAGGGCAGGAGCGCUUUCGCAGUUUGAUUCCCAGCUACAUCCGAGAUUCCACCAUUGCAGUGGUGGUGUAUGACAUUACAAAUCUGAACUCAUUCCAGCAGACAGCCAAAUGGAUAGAUGAUGUGCGGACAGAAAGAGGAAGUGACGUCAUUAUCAUGCUUGUUGGAAACAAAACAGAUCUGGCAGAUAAAAGACAAAUCACCACUGAAGAGGGGGAGCAGCGGGCUAAGGAGCUGAGUGUCAUGUUCAUUGAAACCAGUGCAAAAACGGGUUACAAUGUCAAGCAGCUUUUCCGUCGUGUUGCUGCUGCUUUGCCAGGCAUGGAUAGCACACCAGAGAAGAGCAAAGAGGACAUGAUUGAUAUCAAGCUAGAGAAGCCACCUGAGCAGCCAGUGACGGAAAGUGGCUGCUCCUGCUAACAUCCCUGGAUUUCUCACAGUCUGCUCUGAGAUCCUGACUGCUGUCUCAGUGCACCAGAACGGAAAGAAAAGUGUCACUAUUUAUCUUAGAUUCCCAAUGUGUGGAUGCAGUGUGUGCUCCAUCAUUUUAUGGGGGGGUGGAGGAGCCCGUGACCAAACCACAGCCUUUCUCCCCCCACUCAAACUGCAUGGUGUUGUGUAUGGUUGGAGAAUGAACAUUUUCUGUAUGUAUAGUUUUUAUUUCUUGCACUGUGGGCACUUAACUUGAUGCCCUUUCAAUUAUCUCAAUGUGACAAACUAUUGGAAAGUUGUGCUGACAUGUUCUUGUUUGUUACUGUAAAUGCACCAGGAUGCAGCUUCGUUACAGGAAGCUGAAACUACUCAUUCAGGUCAACAACAUUAACUCCAAAAAAGCAGGUACAAAGUUUGACAUAGUCACACGAAGGAUAUAGUGCUUUCACCCUGAAGGAGUUAAGCAUAUGUCAUUAUCUGUUCAACUCUUAUAUUGUUCUAGUGCUUUAUUUUGCCACUGACAGCACAAAUGUCAACACUUAUAUGCUACUGACUUUAGUUUCCUUUAUCUGCACUUGUUUACAUACAAUCUCCAGUUCUGUACAUUAUUAACACAAUACUGUCCAUUCCAUUGUACCUUUUGUGUAAUUACACGCUGGUUAUUUGUUUUUAUAUCUGUGACACGUGGCUGGAAUAGAAUGUCCUCGGUAGGAUGAAUGUUGAUCAGAGCUAGUUUUAAACCAAAUGUUUCUUGGCCGCAUUUAGAGCUGUGUUACACUACGCACACAGUCUGGCCAUACUCGCCUAUCUGAGUCGCCUGAUAACUAAAUGAUCAUUUUGUCGUCGUUCCCC